CUUUGUGUUAAGUUGUGCAUUCGUUCACCUCAGCCACCGUCCAAAGUCGAGCGACUCUCAGCCGCCGCCACGAGCACGCCUCUGGUACCGGCAGCCCCAACAGAGUGAUGGAAGAAAAAGGGAAAUUAGAUAAUUAUAAAGUUGGGUCUUUGCCAACUAUAAUAUAUGUACCUGACUUCAUCACAGAUAGUGACCAAAGCUUUCUUCUGAAAAAUAUUUAUGGAGCCCCUACAUCAAAGUGGAAGUUGUUGAAGAAUAGAAGGCUACAGAAUUGGGGUGGUGUUGUCCAUGAGAAGGGCCUUCUGCCUCAAACUUUGCCUCCAUGGUUAACAAGUCUCUCACAAAGAAUAUGUGAAGAAUCAGGGUUAUUCCCAUCAGCAAUCAACCAUGUUCUCAUCAAUGAAUACCUACCUAACCAAGGCAUAAUGCCACACCAGGAUGGACCUGCCUAUUUUCCAGUUGUAGCUAUUCUUUCACUUGAAUCUCCUGUUGUCAUGGACUUCACUCCCCAUGCAAGAUUGAAACUAGAUCCUCAACAUGUUACUGACAGAGAUUCAGAUGAAGGAGCUUUUGAGAUUGGAGAAGAUAAGUGGCUUGAUGAUCACCACCCAUUUUCUGUUUUAUUGAUGCCUCGCAGUUUACUGAUAUUCAAGGAUAAGGCAUACUCAGAUUACUUGCAUGGCAUAAAGGAUUGUGCAGUACAUUGCUAUGAUGGGGCUGUAAAUGAAACUGAAGCUUUGAAACACAAUGAAUCAAAUAGACACCUUUUUAGCUCUGAGGAUGCAGUGGAAACAAUAGGAAAGGAAGAGUACAAGAAUUUAUCAAGGACAUCCAAUAGAAUUUCAUUGACUUGUCGAUUGGUACCAAAAGUUCACAAAAAUUUGUUUAGGCUUUGAAAUCAUAUAUUUCAUAUUCCAUCUAAUCAAAAGUUCAACUGUGACCUCUUUUUUGUUUAGGGGCUGUCCUGCACCUUAUCCUCUUUAAUCUUCACGUAGUACGACCUUCAAUAGUGACUUGUGAGACUUUGAUCUCUGUUAAGUGCAUGUACUUAUAGAGUAAUGUGGUAUAUCAAUAGUUUGAUUAAUGUA